AUGGAGCCUAAUGGCCCAUUCAUCCCGAUUAUUUACUCUCACCUGAGCUAUGGGAAUGCAAUACCUCCUCCAAUUUCUACUCAACUCCAAGAACUCCAAGGAUUGUUCAAAAUCCCUACAAACACGUUACCUUCAAAUAUCUCCAACACUAACUUCGGAUUGUCAAAUGUGAAAAAAGAAGACCAUCAAGUUGUAUGUGGCGUUACUGAACAAGCCAUCUCAAGCUGUAAUGUAUCACAGCUCACAUGCAUAAAACCAACACAAGAACAAAUGACAGAGAGUAUACAAACCAGCUCCUGUCCAAUGACUAAACAAGCAAUAACCCAGCCAAAAGAAGACCCCGCCAACAAAUGGAGAAAAUAUAUGAGAGCACAUAUGCAGAGAAAAUUACCGGUUCGGAGAGCACCUCAAGGUGUUCCAGAUCUAGUGCCUGAGAGGAAAAAGACUGCUCCCAUUAAUCCUGCUUAUACUGUCCGAAAGUCACGGGUUUCCCAUAGUGUCCACACACGACCAUAUAGAGACAGGGUCAUUCAUUUAUUAGCCUUGAGAGACUACAAGAAAUCUGAAUUACUCAUCCGUCUGCAGAAAGAUGGUGCCCCCAAAAAUGACAAGGACACUCUUGAAACAAUUCUACAAGAGGUAGCACAUCUGAAUAGCACAAAUCUUUCAUAUAGUUUAAAAGAUGAUAUUUUUCAAGAGAUACAAAAAGAUUGGCCUGGAUACAAUGACUUAGACAGGCAGUCAUUGGAGUUAGCAAUUUCCAUCAAAGCAGACCCAAUGCAGAAUGCUGCUAACAGAAACUUCUCUGAAUCUACACUUUCUACAACAAAUAAUGAUGCAUUGUUUCCAGAGAAUCCCCUGUUCAGUGCUGUUAAUGUUAGUGCUUUAAUUAAAAAGAAAGUCAGAAUAUCUCACUUAACCACUAUGUCACCUUCUGCAGUGAAUAUGCAUCUGAAUAGAAUCAAUGCAAGAUCUUCUGUGGGUCUCCUGCCAUCCGGUGCCAAAUCACCACCACCGCUUGAAACCCCCUGUGAGAUGUCAUAUACCACUCCAAUUCUGGACUCUGAGUCUGAUUCUUGUAGCACUACAGAUACAGAACAACUUGAGAUUCAAGAUCCGUAUGCAGAUAGUACCAGUUCAAAUAGUAGUAUCUUUGACAGUCCCGAGAGGGAAACCACUCCUUCACAAAUGCUACCUUCUGUCUCAGCUCCAACAGAGUAUUCACGAAGCAUGCAAGAAAAACAUUUACAAUUUGGUGAUGAAUUCCAAUAUAACUCCAUGCAACAGAAAGCAAAACAAUGGAAUAACCAUACUGACGUGAUGGGGACAUGGAAGAUUGACUCUGCAAGACAAGAUGAAAAGGCUAGAGCAAAUUGCAGCAUAAAAUUAGAAGAGGUGUGUGUUGCCUCCAAGGAGACUUUCGAAACCUAUGAGAAUACAGAUUAUCUUACUAAAUAUUUCCCUGUUGUUUCUUAUGAGCAACGUGAGUAUUAUGCUCAGGAGUUUAAAGCUCAGUAUGAUGAAUAUCAGGCUUUGUAUGCCAAGAUGAAGACAUUAUCUAGUGUAUUCCUUGAACUAGAUUCUAGAAGAAAGCACUUUCCUUCAAACUCAAAAGAGUAUCAGGAAAUCAAUGAAAAAAUUAUACUAGAAUAUCAGAAAAUGAGAGAGAGGAACCCCAGCUACCUGGCAGAAAAACAGAGGUUCAUGUAUCUGUAUAACAAGCUACUUCACAUCAAGAACUUAGUACGUGAUUUUGACCAGAAGCAAAUAAAUCUAGAGCACUAA